GGUACCGGUACGUGGUUUGGCCAUUUGGUUUGGCGAAAAAAGGAAAAGAAUCACUGCCUUCCCACCUGGCUGGCGCCUUGUUUUUAAAAUGCUAGAUUCUGAUUGAAAUAGUCAAGAAAACAUCAGAGCUACAUGUACUAGCUGGUCUUAUUUGAGUAAAAAUAUCCGGAUCUUGGGUGAUCGGUAAGAGUUACAAAAUCCAGCAUUUGAUAAGGACUUAAAGUAAACAACAUGGAACGGCCAAGAACUGGAGAUGUUCCUCCAAGAAAGAGGAAAAAAGACAAUGAGAGAGAAAGGAGCUUGACAGUUGAACAGAAUUUCGGGCAUGAAGGAGUCUCCAGAACCCAAAGUAGUACCCAAUCAAUGCGACCAUUUCCCAUCAUGCCAAUAUCAAGAUUCAGCCAGAAGUUCCCGUUCUUCAGACAGCCCACAGAAGUUGGACAUUUCUCUCUCGAUUCCAAGAGGCAUGUCCAUUGUGACGCGAGGCUGCUGAAGGUCUACUGUCCUCCGACCGAUCCUCGUCGGACCAAUUUUGACCUUAGGAAAGGGUACAGAGACUAUAUCAAACGAGAUGAUGAUGUGAAGGAGAGAUUGAACAAUAUUACUAAAUGGAUGAAAGAGAAUAAAAGUCUCAUCACUGCCCCACCCAGCACUGAUGGAUGUGAUAGCAAAGCCAAAGCACAUGAGAGUACAAGCAGUAAAUGUGAAAGAAUCAAUGCUGAUUUUGUGAUGUGGAGAGGCCACAUGACAAAGUUCCUCUGCACACCGUAUGAGAACCGAGAAGGCUGGGCUAUGGCUGUCACGCUCUUCCGAGGGACGUAUUACAUCAGUGAGGUGGAGACAGAAGAGAACAGAGCAAGGAGAAAAGGCAUGUCAGACCAUGAGCAGGAAAUGUCCUACUGGGGGUACAAGUUUGAGCAAUACGUUACGAGUGAUAAUGAAAGAAGUCGCCCAGACACGACCAAGCCUGUGGAUAGUCACGAAGCCUUCUGUUCGGUCAUUAGAACCCGGUUGGAGUCUCACUCAUUGCUCUACAGCGGCGAGGUAGACUGCAGGAAACCACACUCCAAGAAGAAACCUCCAGAAAAUUACAUAGAACUCAAGACAACAAGGAUAUGGUACAAACCGAACAACGAGAGAAACUUCUACAGGUUUAAGCUUCUUAAGGUGUGGGCCCAGUCCUUCUUGGUCGGAAUCCCAGAAGUGAUAUUUGGUUUCCGUGAUGAUGAGGGGGUCGUUUCAUAUCUUAGAUCAUUCCAGACUAUGCAAAUGGCUAACAGUUCACAGGGUAUGUGGGAUGGUGCUGUCUGCUUUAACUUUGCCAAUCAGCUUCUGUCGUACGUCAAGGAAAUGGUGACAAUAGAUGACCCUAAGGUCGUAUACAUGCUAGAGAGAGCUCCGGGGUCAUCAGAGGUCACCUGUAAACUACAUGCGGAAGGAGAUGAACAGUUUUUAUCUCAAGAAUAUGUUGAUUCAUUCAAUAGUUAGUUUUACCAUGAAGUAAAAUUACCGCAUAAUCUCCUUUUUUCAUGCUUCUUGAGUCAAGAUGUUUAUAGUUUUUUUUUAAAUCACUUAAUUUUGUCUUCCACAGUGAUAUAACAUGAAUGUUUAAGGAAAAUAAAAGGGGGUUAAUGUUUUUUAUUUUAUUUUGGCUUGUAAACUAAGCUAUGAUUGAUAUGCCCUUUUAUUUUUCUUGAUGGUAGGUAUAUAUAAUGAAUGUAAUAAAAUCAAUUGCCCAACCUGUAUGAAAUCCUUGUUCGGCAGUGUAAUUUUUUUAUUGAUAUGUUUAUUACAGUAACAUAAUACAAUAAAUUAUCUAUUCUCAAAUGCCAAGAUUUAGAUAUCCCACAAAGCUACUAUUUGUCUACUUUUCCAAUUUCUUUGAUAUUCAAAGAUUUGGUGACCUGCACAUCAUUAUGUAUGGUCCAAAAUGUACAUCUAUUUUUGUUUGAUAACUUGUUUUUAUUGUCUUCUCUCAAAAUAAAAUAUACCAUACCAAUAUAAGUCUCAUAAACAAAUUAUACAAUAAAUAAACAAGUAUUAUCACAGAAUUAUACAUUUUUACAGCAAUAACAGAGAAAGGAAAAUAUAACUGAUAAUGAUAAUGAAAAACAUGUAACUUGUCUCUCAUGCACAUUAAAAUUCAAAAGAAUCUGAAAUAAGAUGAUGAGGAUGAUGCACAGCAUCUGUAUAGCGCCAUAUAUCUGUGAAAG